AUGGUUAGGCUGUGGGCCUGUUUGCCGUUUUUUGCUGUGGCGGAGGGGUCGGUCUCUUUCCUGACUCUUGGAGAUUGGGGUGGAUAUGCUCUCGGGAGCUUUCACCAGACCACGGUUACUGCAGUGGCGAAGCAAAUGGCAAAGACCGCCACAGAAACCGGCGCUUCCUUUGUGGUAAACACAGGCGACAACUUCUACUACUGCGGCAUAACUGGGACGGCUGAUCAUCAAGUUGCGGAGGAUUUCACCAAUGUCUACAGCGACAGGUCUUUGCAGGUUCCUUGGUACUCGGUGCUUGGUAACCACGAGUAUGGUUACAACGUGGAGGCGCAAUGUCAGCUGUCCAGUGUACUCAGCAAUUGGGUCAUGGAUAGCCGGUACUUCUCCAAGCGCGUUCCCUUGGGGAGUGACCGCUUUAUAUCCUUCAUCUUCCUGGACACGUCCCCCUGCGUCGCAGCUUAUCGAGCGGACGACCAGUCUCACUGGGAUCCGUGUGGCAGUGACUUCCCCACCUGUGAGCCCAUCGUGCAGGGGCCGUGCAAGUUCCACGAGAACAUCCUGUCUCAGAAUUGCACCACUCAGUUUGAGUGGUUCAAGGCGGAGUUGGCAAAGGUGCCAAAGAAUGAUUGGCUUAUUGUGGUCGGCCACCACCCGGCAGAUGAGAUGGAUGUUGAGGAUUUUGUGGCGCCGAUGACACAGCAUGGCUUCGACCUCUACCUAAACGGCCACACACACCUCCUGAACCAAUACACCAUCAACGGGGGCGGUGCUUACAUCACUAGCGGGGCUGGGGCCAUGGUGCAGACGAAGGAUCAGGACGACGAGGAGUCGCGCCUGGUUACUGGAAAAAGCUCGAAGCAGGUGCAGACUGUGUGGGAGGAAAAGGUCGCAGGGUUUACUUUGCACACGUUCUCGGCCGACUUCAAGGACCUGAAGACGGACUUCAUGUCCUACACUGGAGAAGUCUUGCAUUCCUUCAGCGUGACGCGCGGAUCUGGGCCCGCACCCUCGCCACCGUCCCCGCCUUCACCACCCUCACAAGGCUCCUGCUCGAAGUAUGGUUGCAGCAGGUAUGACCCCAGUCAUACGUGCCAGUGCAACUCCUACUGCAAGGAGCACUCGGACUGCUGCUCUGACUACUCGACGACCUGUGCGAAACCAUCCAAGGGCUGCAAGGAGUAUGGUUGCGGUAGGUUCAAGCCAGGGCAGAGCUGCCAGUGCAACUCUUUCUGCAAGGAGCACCAAGACUGCUGUUCCGAUUAUGACGCCGCAUGCGGGGGCAUUGAGACCGUCAUCUGA